AUGAAGGAGCUGGAACAAUCCAAAGAGCUGACCUGGGAUUUUGACCAAUCCUGGAGUUCAUUCCUAACACCAGCUGCACGCCUCUGUCUCAACACCUUGGAUUUUUCUGACCUCUGGGAUGAGGAAGACAGCACAGAGGAUGAGGGAACCCUAACAACUAUCAAAUCAUCAAUUUGUCUCCGAGAACCUCCGGCGCCCCCUCCUCUUCCUCCCCCACCUCCCCCUCCUCCUUCUCUCGCCUCACCUUUGCCCUCUGCUUCACCUAAAGAUGGUAUCGUUAAGUCUCGCACUUUGAAGCUUCACUGGAGGGAGCUGCAGAAUCUGGCACCGCUCCCCAGGAUGACACGCUUUGGGACUCAGACCAUUUGGGCCGGACUCGAGCCGGUGAAUUUGGAUAAAAAACAUCUGGAGUACUUGUUUAAGUCUAAAGCCAAUGGCAGCAGUCUGAACAUUGUUUCAGGGCGGCAGAAGCAGCCAUCAAUAUCGGUGUUGGGAGUGAAGCGCAGCAACAUCAUAACUAUUGCCCUGAGCAGCUUGCCCCCUCCGCGCCUCCUCCCACCUGCUAUCUACAGCAUGGACAGCUGUGUGUUAGAAAGAGAGGACAUUCAGCGUCUUCAGGCACUGAUCCCGACUGAAGAGGAACUCUGCCUGAUCAAAGAGGCCAAGGCCCAGAACCCUAAUGCCUCUCUGGCACCGGCUGAGCUUUGCCUCCUCACUUUGGGGGAAAUCCCCCACUUGAGCACCAGGCUUCAGCUUUGGGCCUUUGCUCUGGAUUACGACUCCUUGGAGAGGGAAAUUGCUGAGCCUCUCUUCCAUCUGAAGUUGGGCAUGGAACAACUGGCAGCCAGCCAGACCUUCAAGUAUAUCCUGGCGACAGUGCUAGCGAUCGGUAACUUUCUCAACGGAUGUAAGGCCCGUGGUUUUGAGCUGAGUUACCUGGGGAAGCUGUCUCAGGUAAGGGACACACACACUCGCCAGCCCCUGCUGCACCAUGUCUGCGUGUUACUGCUGCAGCUCUAUCCAGAAUCCUCUGACCUCUACUCGGACAUCACCGCGGUUACUAAAGCUGGAAAGUGUGACUACUCCCAAGUCCAGUCCAACUUUACCCAGCUGGAGAGCCUGUGCAAAGCAUCAUGGGAGCAGGUGAAGCUGCUGAAUAAAGCUGACGAAAGGAGGAAAGGAGGAAAGGGGGAAAAGAUGAAAGGGAUAGGUGAUGAGGGCCUGGCCCCGGACGGUUUGCUCCGUCACAGGCUUCCGAAGAUUCUGAAAGAGUGUGAGGAAAGGCUGAAAGUCCUAAGAGCCGUCCAUCGUAGGGUUAUCAACAGGUUCCACUCUUUUCUCCUGUUCCUUGGCUACUCCCGGGCCAUGGUGAGGGACACCAAACCGGAGGACUUCUGCAAAACCAUCAGUAACUUUUCCCUGGAGUACAGGACCAUCCAACAGGCUAUCCUACUGCAGAGAGAAAGAGAGCGGGAGCGACAGAAAAAUGCGACCGAAAGCCCGGGUCCAAACACCCCUGUAGGAAAAAGAAAAAAUCAACAAACUCCAUCAAAGGACAAUGAUGAGCAGGGUAGGCUGGAGGAGGUACUGAGAACACCCGAGUCCAUGUCAAGAUUGGAUGUCACUUUGCCUCGAAACCGGAAGAGGAUGGCUGACCUCCAAGGUACUUUAUAUAAUAUGGAUGCCGUGUAA